GGAAGCAGCUCGAUGUGUUCGGUCCAAACAUGAAGGUUUAAAACGUCCCAGACUCCUCCAGAGAGCCGGUUCUGAGUCCUGCGCAGGUCCCGGAGCUCCAGCACGGACAAACCGAGGCAGGAUGUCCGUCAUCAUCCACACCCGCGGCGAGGUGGGCGGCGGCGUCGCGGCCCACCUCCAGUGCCCCCACUGUGGACAUUUCUCCAAGAGCCACGCCCACCAGCUGACCCACAUGGCGGCGACUCACCCCGUCUGCCUGGACAGCGUGGCGGUCGGUCGCCUCGGCAACAUCCUGAUGUACCAGAGCGGCGCCCGGCUCUUCCACUGCUGCGACUGCUUCUACACCAGCCGGGACUUCACCAAGAUCUACAAGCACCUCAUCUCCAAGCACUGCACGGACGAGCGCGAUGGUGACGGCGAGGAGGACGAGGAGGACGAGGGGGGGAAGGACACCGGCAGGAGGAAGAGGAGCAGCGAGGUGGAGGAGGAGGAGGAAGAGGAGGUGAAGGCCGAGAACGACGGAGAGAAGAGCGUGCUGAUGUCGGACGGCGGCGGCUACCGCUGCCUGAUCUGCGGCUGGAGGAACAAGCUCAAGGCGCUGGGCGUCAACCAUGUGGUGCGCAAACACGACAUCCCCAAAGCCUACGCCGCCCAGGCCGUCAGACGGGACGCCGUCGUGACCAAUCAGACGCAGGGCGGCGCAGCAGCGGAGGAGGAGGAGGCGGCGGUCGGGCUGAGCGGCGAGCUGCUGAAGGAGGAGAUGGAGGCCACGGCCAAAGUGGUGCGAUUCAUCUCCAACCGCUUCGUCUGCCUGAUCUGUGGCUGGAAGACCAAACUGAAAGGUUUCGCCAUCAGUCACGUGGUGCGUUGCCACGACGUCGAGCGUCCCUACAGCUGCAAGGACUGCAAGCGCAGCUUCUUCCUGCCCAGCCGGCUGCAGCAGCACGUCAGGGCGGCCCACCGGCCCGGACGCUACGCCUGCCCCUUCUGCUGCUUCAGGUCCCACUUCCUGGGAGGCUUCAGGAGGCACUGCAGCCGCUGCAACGCCCGCGAGGAGGAGGACGGAGGAGCAGGAGCAGCAGGAGCAGGAGGAGGAGCAGGAGCAGCAGGAGCAGCAGGAGGAGCA